UGGCAUUAAUGGCGAGAUAAUUCCACUUGCAAUUGGGUCAACGAAGAUGGGCUCCGAGUUAAAUUUGUUGAUGGAAUUCUCAAAAUCUAUGAAUUUGAAAAACCGUAUAUAUAAUGGUUACCUCGGAUCACCAAGAAUUGUUAUCGGACUUUUUGACGACGGGAAUCAUGUAGUCUCUUAUCCAGUAUCUAAAAUGGACAUAAGUUUUUUAGUACCCAAACCUGUAUCUUACAUUGAUUGGUUGGCGCUAGUGCAAGUUUUCAAAUUGCAAUUAUGGAUGUGGAUUAUAUCCUGUUUUGUACUGAUUGCGAUUUUUUUCUGGAUUGAAAACACGAUUUGUGUGAAUGCAAAUUGUCCGAAUGUUACUGAUAUCACUGGUUUGUUUUUUCUUCAAGGGCUUAACGAUUGCAAAAUACCUCCAUAUCUCCGAGCUCGUUCGUUAAUCGCAACUUUAUUGACGAUUGCUGUAUUAUAUUCUGCUGUUUUCUCGUCUGGUAUUGUUGAUAAAUUGAUGACUAUAAGAUACAGAAACGAUAUAAGGACAAUUGAAGAUCUUGCCAAUUCAGAACUGCGCAUCGAAUAUGUUAAUGAUCCUAAUCUGAUGUUUUGGGGCAAAGAAAUUACCGAGGCAGAAAAACGUGCAUUUUCGCAUUAUGGGGGACAAGAAAUAAAUAUACCGUAUACUAAGAAAGCAAUGGGCCAUUACAUUACAGCAACGAAACUUUCAACUGCAAUAGUAUUGAGGGACCCUCUAUAUAGAUAUCUCCGUUACGUGAAAACCAUGGACUAUACACUUUUACGUCUCAAUACUUGCUUCACACUGAUUGAAAAACAUUACACGUUAUAUCUGCCGCUUAUAAAUGAUUACAUUCUUAGAUGCCAGGCCACUGGUUUGAUGACUAAAUGGGAAUGGGAUGCGUUUAGGGCUGAGAGCACAAUGAAUAUUAUAUUUGCUUAUUUGGAUAAGAGUAAACCACCGAUUGAGCCUAUAAAAUUACAAUUUGAGCACGUAAAGGGUGUGUUUGCUCUUCUGAUUGUUGGCAUCAUCAUAUCGGUGUGGAUGUUUAUUCUUGAAACUGUAUGGGCAUGGCUUUUCUAUAAUAUCAGAUAUUUAUCUUUCCACAUAAUUACGUAGA